UGAAAAGCCAGAGCUGUCUUCAAGAUGCAGGUAGCAUGGCUGAAAUGGAGAUUUCUAUGUGCGAGACUCCAACGAACUUGCCCAGCACAGCCAGAUGUUGCCGUCCCACUUGCUCAACCCUCUGUUCAUCAUUUGCACAUACAAGUAGGAGACAAGGCAGAAUUAACCAAGACAUUUACACAGGAGGAUGUUGUUACCUUUUCGAAGUUAACAGGAGACACAAACCCAUUGCAUCUGGAUGAAGACUACGCAGAGAGCUCAAGAUUUGGCAGGAGAGUUGUCCACGGUGUUCUGAUCAAUGGACUCAUCUCUGCUGUUCUGGGUACUAAGAUGCCUGGGCAUGGCUGUGUCUUUCUUUCUCAGGAAAUUCAUUUUCCAUCCCCGUUAUAUGCUGGAGAAGAAGUCUUGGCUGCAGCGGAAGUGAAGAAACUGAAGAGAUGUCUUGCCUAUAUUUCCGUCUCCUGUACUGUUGUAGAAAGUGGCAAAACAGUGAUGGAAGGCACCGUUAAAGUCAUGGUGCCAGACGAUCAGAAAUCACAGAUUUGACCCUAAAUUGCAGUGUAUUAUUGUAGCCGGGGCCAUGAAUAGUUUGCGUGGACAUACAUUUAGAUACUU